CUUUACCAGUGGGAAAAUAUAACUUAUUAUCUAAGAAAGUCCUAGAAAUGAUAAGUACACCUUCGAAUUUCACGCGGUUCGCACCUGCACCGUGUGACCAAUGAGCAAUGGUGGUAAAAUACCCUAAAUUUUCUUAGGCAAAGUUUGGGAUUUUGGCGGCCAACGGUGAAAGCGAUCCGCAGAUAAGAAAGUAAAUAACAAAAAUCAUCAUUAUUGGACAAAUUGCACCAUCUAUUAAGCCAGAUCUGUUUAAUCGCGGUCCAAGCCACAAAACCCGGGGACCAUGGGCCUAAAUCUGCUUAACAUCUGCCGACGAGGUCUCCACACGUCUCCUGCCCGACUGCAAGUGAUCCAGGGCGUAACACCCACCAAGCGGAUUUGCAUUGUGGGCGCCGGACCCGCAGGCUUCUAUGCCGCCCAACUACUGCUAAAGCAACUGAGCGACUGUGUGGUGGACGUGGUGGAGAAGCUGCCGGUGCCCUUCGGACUGGUGCGCUUUGGCGUUGCGCCCGAUCAUCCGGAGGUCAAGAACGUAAUCAACACCUUCACCAAGACCGCCGAGCAUCCGCGUCUGCGCUACUUUGGCAACGUUGCGCUUGGAACGGAUGUCAGCCUAAAGGAGCUAAGGGAGCGGUACCACGCCGUGCUCCUCACCUACGGCGCAGAUCAGGAUCGAGAGCUGGAGCUGGAGAACGAGCAGCAGGGCAAUGUAAUAUCUGCCAGGAAAUUUGUGGCCUGGUACAAUGGUCUGCCAGGAGCGGAAAACCUCGCUCCAGACCUAAGCGGGCGAGAUGUUACGAUUGUGGGCCAGGGCAACGUUGCAGUCGAUGUAGCUAGGAUGCUCCUAAGUCCCUUGGAUGCUUUAAAGGUUACGGACGCCACGGAGUACGCCUUAGAAGCCCUUUCCCGCAGUCAGGUGGAGCGUGUGCAUCUUGUGGGUCGGCGGGGUCCUCUGCAGGCCGCUUUCACCAUCAAAGAGCUGCGAGAAAUGCUCAAGCUGCCCAAUGUGGACACACGCUGGCGAACCGAGGACUUCUCAGGAGUGGACUCGCUGGUGGAGAAACUACAACGACCACGCAAGCGUCUCACCGAACUCAUGCUCAAGAGCCUCAAGGAACAGGGAAGAGGUUCUUCUGGCUCCAAGCAAUUCCUGCCCAUCUUUUUGCGAGCUCCAAAGGCGAUAAACCUAGGAGAAAUGGAGUUCUCCGUUACGGAACUCAAAGAGGACUCCGCAGUGGCCACCGAUACCACCGAGCGUCUUCCGUCGGACUUGAUUCUGCGCAGCAUUGGCUACAAAUCUAGUUGCGUGGAUUCCGGCAUCAACUUUGACACGAGACGCGGACGAGUGCACAACAUAGAGGGACGAGUUCUCAAGGAUGCCGACAAAACUGAUCCCGGACUGUAUGUGGCCGGUUGGUUGGGCACCGGCCCCACUGGCGUUAUCCUGACAACAAUGAGCGGCGCUUUUGCGGUGGCCAAGAGCAUCUGCGACGACAUAGCCGCCAAUGUACUGGACACUAGUUCCGCCAAGCCUGGUUAUGAUGCGGAUAACAAGCGCGUGGUCACUUGGGAUGGCUGGCGAAGGAUAGACGAGUUUGAAAACGUGGCGGGCAAGGCCAAGGGAAAGCCGAGGGAGAAAAUCGUCAGAAUCGAGGAGAUGCUGAGAGUUGCAGGAGUCUAACAAGAUUAAUCCUUUAG